UUUUAUUUUCAUUUGUUUGAGUGUGAGAUUUAGUCGCAUGGGCUGAACACACACGUUCAAAGCACAUGAUCCGGGUUCAUGUUGUGGAAAUGUUCAUUCCCACCACUGAGUGCGCUUCAGAGCCGUGGGGCUCUGGAGCUCGGUUGCUUCAUCCAGAAGAUUGGCGUCUAAGGACUCCCCAUGAGGGUUAUGGGUCAGCAGCAGCGGUGUGCAACUGAAGCGACCGCACCUCCUUACCCUUUCAUUUUGGACAUUCGAAACACGGAGAUAUGUCCAGAGACAGCAUGACGGCCGUGCGAGCAGCCCACGGGGCGAGCACCAGCACCGCGGCGGCGUCGCCCAAAGAGAACGGCGGCCACGCCGCGGCGAGCCCGGCUCCGCCCGUCGCCCGCUUCCAUCGCCCCUCUGCGGGAAACACGCCCGGCGAUGACACCCAGGCGUCGGCCACCAGCGAGUUGACGCAGACGUGGGUGCAGUUCGCCAAGACCUUUGUGCUCAUUUUCCCGAUUUACGCACUGGGCUACUUUGAGUUCAGCUUCAGUUGGAUGCUUAUUGGACUCGUGGUUUAUUUCUGGUGGAGGAGAAACGCUGGAGGAAAGCGAAGCCGCCUGAGCCGAGCUUUGGCUUUAUUGGAGCAGGAGGAGAGGAGCGUCGCGACAGGUCUGAGCACCUCCGACCUACCGCCGUGGGUCCACUUUCCGGACGUGGAGCGAGUAGAGUGGCUAAACAAGACAGUGAAGCAGAUGUGGCCUUACAUCUGCAAAUACGUGGAGAAGCUGUUCCGUGACACGGUGGAGCCAGCCGUUAAGGAGUCCAAUGCCCACCUCAGCACCUUUCGCUUCAGUAAGAUCGACAUUGGAGACAAACCUCUGAGGGUCAACGGUGUCAAAGUUUACUCUGAGAACGUGGAUCGACGACAGAUCGUCAUGGACCUACAAAUCAGCUUUGUAGGCAACACAGAGAUUGACGUGGACAUCAAACGUUACUACUGCAAAGCCGGAAUCAAAAGCAUUCAGAUUCACGGCGUGUUGCGUGUGCUGAUGGAGCCGUUGCUGGGCGACGUGCCUCUCGUCGGAGCGCUUUCCCUAUUCUUCCUCAAGAAGCCUCUUCUCGAUAUCAACUGGACGGGCCUCACUAACAUACUGGACAUUCCCGGACUCACCGGCCUUUCUGACAGUCUGAUUCAAGAUAUCAUCUCCUCCUAUUUGGUCUUGCCCAACCGAAUAACCAUCCCGCUGGUUGGAGACGUGGAACUGGCCCAGCUUCGCUUUCCUAUGCCGAAGGGAGUGCUUCGGAUUCACUUCUUAGAAGCCCAGGAUCUGGAAGGGAAGGAUAAAUUCCUAGGCGGGCUCAUCAAGGGAAAGUCGGACCCUUACGGCAUUCUGCAGAUCGGCAAUCAACUCUUCCAGAGCAAAACCAUCAAGGAGAGCCUUCAUCCCAAAUGGAACGAAGUUUAUGAGGCUUUGGUUUACGAGCACACUGGUCAGCACCUCGAGAUCGAGUUGUUCGACGAGGAUCCCGACAAAGAUGAUUUCUUGGGAAGCCUGAUGAUCGACAUGACCGAGCUGCACAAAGAACAAAAAGUGGAUGAAUGGUUCGACCUGGAAGAGGCUCCGACCGGGAAACUCCACUUAAAACUGGAGUGGCUAUCUCUGCUGUCCACGACAGAGAAGUUGGAGCAGGUGCUGCGAAGCGUCCGAGCUGACAGGAGCCUGGCCAAUGACGGCCUGUCGUCGGCGCUCCUGGUCGUCUAUUUGGAUUCGGCGAAGAACCUGCCAAGCAUCUUCAGUGGCAGCUUAGGCUGCGGCAAUUUAAGCGAGAGACGAGCGUCUGGCCUGGUGUUUUGUGAGAGCAACAGCUCAGAUUAUCGCACCAUCGGCAACAACCUGUCUGAUUUCACCUGUGACGGGUUGAAGCAGGUCUUUAAGGCCCUGAAGUCAGCAAAGAAGAGCAGCAGUGAGCCGAGUCCGUUUGUCCAAUUAACCAUCGGGCACAAGACUCAAGAGAGCAAGAUCCGCUACAAGACCAAGGAACCCUUGUGGGAAGAUUCCUUCUCAUUCCUGGUUCACAAUCCAAGGAGGCAGGAACUGGAGGUGGAGGUGAAAGACGACAAGACCAAGUGCACCUUGGGUAAUCUAACCGUGCCUCUGAGUGGCCUCUUGGACGAAGAGGACAUGACGCUGACGCAAUGCUUCCCGCUCAGAAACUCUGGUCCCAGCUCCAGCAUCAGAUUUAAAAUGGCCUUGCGGAUCCUAUCACUGGAAAAGCAAGGCUCCUCAGACCAGCCUUCCUCAGUCCGCGUCCGCAAGUCUAGUCUACCCCACCCGUCCGCCUCAACGAGAGCGUCCACCUCAGACUCGCCGCCCCCUCAUCCCCCCACCCCGCCACCACCUCCGCCCCAGCCCACGCACGCUUCUUCCCUCACGCUGCAUCACCGGGACGGUGAGCCAUACGCCGCAAGCCCUCUGCGCAGCGUCUCCAGCCUGUGCGUCGCCAUGUCGGCCUCCCAGAAGCACCUGGCUCACAAUGAGUCCACGCCCAGCUUGGCUUCAGACAUCUCGCUGCCCUUCGCCACCCUGGAGCUUCAGCAGAGGCUACGCCAGCUGCACAACGGCUCCACCCCCACUCAGUUUCCCUUGGGUGAGGUCCACCUGACAGUUCGGCAUAGCACCCAACGGAACAAGCUCAUCGUGGUGGUGCACGCCUGCCGAAAUUUGAUAGCUUUCUCCAAAGACACCUCGGACCCCUUCGUCCGUCUUUAUCUGCUGCCCGACAAAAGCCGCACUAGCCGGAGGAAGACGGGCACCGCGAAAAAGACCCUCAACCCUGUUUACGAUCAGACGUUUGAGUUUAGCGUCUCAACAGUGGAGCUCCAUAGAAGAACUCUGGAUGUCGCAGUAAAGAAUGGAGGGAACAUUUUGUCCAAACACAAAGGCCUUCUGGGAAAAGUGCUGGUUGAUUUAAGUGGAGAAGAUAUAGCAAAAGGAUGGACACAAUGGUAUGAGCUGAGCGAAGAUGGUUUUUCGUCGCCGAGGAGCAUCCAAGACUCAUUUACAUAGUGACCUGUUGUGAUUUGAACCAUUUUAUUUAUGUACUGUACAUUUUUGUCAUAUUGUAGAAUCAUUUCAAUCAGCAUGCGUUUUCCCAUGCGUUUUUCAUGCUGUCCUGAGAGCGUACAAGUAUCGUAACUUAUUGUAUUCAUAAUGAAAGAUUUUGUCACUGUUUUCGAUGUUGCUCGUACAUAACUUAGCAGGGCAUUAGAAUGAAGAAUUCAAAAUUUAAAAAAGCCACAGUUUUUACCAAAGGAGCAGAAUGAAACCCAAGAGUCGGCCAAGUAGCAGUCUUGUUUAUAUUUUUGUCCUAUAGUGAAUGCUUUGACUUUUGUUAUUUAUUUAUUUUGAUUUUAAAAUUGAAUGCACAUAUCAUUGAAUGCUAGGUGUACUUUUAGAUGGACUUUGUGCAAUAUUGUUUUAAGGUUCUUUAUUGUGGGGGUGAGGGGGCAUGCAUGGUCGCCACCAUGAGAAACUUUUGUGGGCGUUUUAUAGGGCUGCAAACAACGUUGGGGAAAAAAAGGUAUACUUGAAUUUGGAGUUUGAAGGUGAUUCAUGUCGGAUGUUAGCCAAGAAACCAGGCUAGAGACAACUGUUCAUGUGUUUCUUUUUUAAGCUGCCAGCAAACUAAAAAGUUAAUACAGAAAUUUGUAUACAUUUUUUGCCAUGCAGUUUUAACUUUGUGUUUAUUGGAGCUUUUUAUCUAUCCUGUGCCUUAAAAAAAGAAAAAAACCUCACCACCGUGUAAUUUUUGCCUUCUUAAAGUUAUUGAUUUUGAAUGAUGUGUGGCUUUUUGAUGAAUAAA